GGCCGAGCCCAAGCUCCCCUGCUUCCCUAUAAAACCACUCCACAAUUAGAGGAUGUUUCGUUGUACCAGCACAGCAAAAGCACUAAGCCAUCUGAUCGCAACACAGCCACAAUCGCUUCCAGUUUCCUUCCAGUUCCUCCAAAGAUUUCGCGCCACUUGCCGGCUCUGAAGCAGGUUCACUAGUUGCACAGCACAGCACAGCCAUGAGCUCCCGAAUGGCCGGAGCCGCGCUCCUGCGCCACCUUGGCCCCCGCCUCUUCGCGGCGGAGCCGGUGUCCGGGCUCGCCGGGAGAGGGCUCGUGCCCGCGGCCGCCAGGAUUCUCCCCGCGCGGAUGUCGAGCACGGCCGCGGAGGCCGCCGCCAGAGAAGCUGCCGCGCCCGAGCAGCACGGCGGCGGCAGCACCGAAAAGCCGAAGCCCGCGGAUGGGCAGGAGAAGAAGGGCAUCGUCAGCUACUGGGGCAUCGAGUCGCCGAAGCUCGUCAAGGAGGACGGCACGGAGUGGAGGUGGUUCUGCUUCAGGCCAUGGGACACGUACAGAGCUGACACGUCGAUCGACAUGAAGAAGCACCACGAGCCGAGGGCGCUGCCGGACAAGCUGGCCUACUGGCUGGUCAAGUCGCUGGUCGUGCCCAAGCAGCUCUUCUUCCAGCGCCGUCACGCCAGCCACGCGCUGCUGCUGGAGACGGUGGCGGCCGUGCCGGGCAUGGUGGGCGGCAUGCUGCUGCACCUGCGCUCGCUGCGCCGCUUCGAGCACAGCGGCGGGUGGAUCCGGGCGCUGCUGGAGGAGGCCGAGAACGAGCGGAUGCACCUCAUGACGUUCCUGGAGGUGGCGCAGCCCAAGUGGUGGGAGCGCGCCCUCGUGCUCGCCGCGCAGGGCGUCUACUUCAACGCCUACUUCGUCGCCUACCUGGCCUCGCCCAAGUUCGCGCACCGCUUCGUCGGCUACCUCGAGGAGGAGGCCGUGCACUCGUACACGGAGUACCUCAAGGACCUCGAGGCCGGCGUCAUCGAGAACACGCCGGCGCCGGCCAUCGCCAUCGACUACUGGCGCCUCCCCGCCGACGCCAGGCUCAAGGACGUCGUCACCGUCGUGCGCGCCGACGAGGCGCACCACCGCGAUGUCAACCACUUCGCCUCGGACAUCCAUUACCAGGGGAUGAAGCUCAAGGACACGCCUGCACCUCUGGGGUACCACUGAUCAGUCGGCAUGUCUUGCUCAAUUCAGCAAUGUUUUCACCUGUUGCCCCUCGGAAACCUUGUUUGGGAUCAAUUGGUCUGCAUGGUUCCUGGGUAAAUGGUCAGCUAGUGUCUUCAUAGUUUUGCCACGUAAUCGAGUCUGAUUUACCACUUGUAUGAGAAUGAAUUGGUUCUUGGUUGUGCCUAUGGAACACGUGUCAUCCUGUACAUAUUAACGAGAGGCAUUCAUCAAAUUGUUUAGUUUGAAACCA